AUGGCUGGCCAACUGAUGGGUGAUGCCCUUCAUUCAGUUCUUCGGAGAGCCGCGGAAUAUGAUACUGAUCCCGACGAUGGAGAAGCUCCGGAGGCUGGCACCAAGGAGUUUUUCAGCUCUUGGGCGCUCUUUAUUAUGAUUACCCUGUUGAUGCUUGCUCUGUUCACGAGUUACACACUUCAGCAACGGAAAAUAGAAGCAGUCCACGAAACGGUUCUAUCUAUAUUUGGUGGCAUGUUCGUCGGAUUGAUUAUUCGGUUGACCGACUCGCCCAUUAUAAACUUCGUCGCCUUUGACUACCAGUUUUUUUUCAACCUACUCCUUCCUCCCAUUAUCUUGGCGUCGGGCUACGAAUUGCACCAAGCGAAUUUCUUCCGAAAUAUCGGCACGAUUCUUACCUUCGCGUUUGCGGGGACAUUCAUCUCGGCCCUUGUUCUUGGACUAGUUUUGUUUCUUUGGACAAGGAUUCCUCUGGACGGAUUCAGUAUCAGCUUUGUCGAGGCUAUCUCCGUUGGCGCUACGCUAUCCGCGACAGACCCAGUGACUAUCUUGGCCAUCUUUAACCUUUACAAAGUCGAGCCCAAGCUCUACACAGUCAUUUUCGGCGAGUCGAUUUUGAACGAUGCCAUUGCGAUUGUGCUGUUCGAGACGGCGCAGAAAUAUGCGGAGAGUGACGCAGGAUCCCUAACCUUCCUCCAUCUCUUCGAGGCUAUCGGCGUAUUCUUGCUGGUUUUCUUUGGUAGUAUGGUGGUAGGAGUGAUUGUGGGCAUCAUGACGGCGCUGGGUCUGAAAUACACCCACGUCCGCCGCCAACCUAAGAUUGAGAGUUGCUUGAUUGUUCUCGUAGCUUACGCCAGCUACUUCUUCUCCAACGGCGUCCUCUUGUCAGGAAUUGUGUCGCUCUUAUUCUGUGGUAUCACCUUAAAGCAUUAUGCUUACUACAAUAUGUCACGUCGAACACAGUUGACUACCAAAUAUCUCUUCCAAGUUAUGGCUCAACUGUCCGAAAACUUCAUCUUUAUUUACUUAGGACUCGAUCUGCUCGUUCAAAGGGAAGUGCAAUUCAAGCCCCUCUUUAUCCUAGUCACUGUUGUUGGUAUCUGCCUCGCCAGAUACCUUGCAGUAUUCCCAUUGUCGAAGGCGAUCAACUGGUUUAUCCGGUAUCGGGCACGGCGACGCGGCGUGGAGGCUGCCGACGAACUGCCUUUCGCGUACCAAGCAAUGCUCUUCUGGGCGGGUCUGCGUGGUGCUGUGGGAGUAGCGUUAGCAGCAGGCCUGAAAGGUACAAAUGGACCGGCUUUACGCGCCACUGUUCUUGUGGUUGUGGUCAUCACUGUUAUCGUUUUCGGCGGAACAACGGCGCGCAUGCUUGAGAUCCUUGGGAUUAGAACAGGCGUGGUCGAAGAACUUGAGUCUGAUGACGAGUUUGAUAUUGAAGUCUCGAACGGAGGCACCUACUAUAAGCGCUCUGAUACUGGGUUGGGAUAUACACCCCGUCGCACAGACAAUAUUCCUCUUGAUGGAGUGUCGCGGAGGAACCCUGACCGGGCUAACAGUUACUCGAGUGGCAAUAGCCGCCGCCCUAGCCCUCCGCCAGCGUCGACACGCGCAGGUCUGGGACAUUCUAGAAUAUACUCAGAUGCCUUUGGUCCAAAAGACACUCAGACACCGCGAGAUCGUUCAACAACCGCGACUCUACUCGGAAACCAGAGCGGUAGCGACGACGGUAGCGAAGAUGAGUUCGGUUUGAAGACCUCUGGGAAGCGCCGAGCCGUUGAGCAUGACCAUCCGGAUGCAUUUGAACUCGACGUAGACGAUGUGCAUUCGGACGAUGACUUGCCUCCUGCUGCUCCCGCGCGAUUGCGCCGAUCACCGUCACAACAGGCACAGAAUCUGUCACAAUCCCAAACCCCGCAGGAGGGGGUGUCUGUGUCGCACGCCGGAACGAGCAGGAGUGCACGAGAGACGAUCAGAGACAUCUUCUCCGGUGGAGCCUCUGGGGAUCACGUCGCCUGGUUCCGACAGUUGGACGAAGACUACAUUAAGCCGCGUCUGCUUCUGGACCAGUCGAACCAUAAGGGCCCUGGUGCUGUUUAG